UGUGAAGUCCUAGCAGCAUUGCAACUUGAAAUGAACACAGUGCAGAACUAGCACCAAAAUAAUAACUUGAGACUAAAUAAGAACAAAGAACAAUUCAGAUAUUUUGCAAAGAAGACACUGAAGAAGCUGUAACCAUGACACCCCGCUUAGCAUUCACAGAGGAUAAUGCUAUGCGCAUUGCUGCCGUGGAGAGAGCCUUUGCGCCGUCGGGUAAAAGUCUUGCAAAGCCUGGGCGUGUGCUGGUGGGAGAGGGGAGGCUCCUGAAGCUGUGUCGCCAUAGCCUGCAGCCCAAGAUGUUCUUCCUCUUCAAUGACAUUAUAGUGUACGGCAGCAUCGUGGUCCACAGGUUCUGGUACAAAAACCAGCACAUCAUCCCGCUGGAAGAUACCAUCGUUGAAGACCUGGCUGACAGCCUGGAAAUGAAAAACCAGUGGCUCAUCAGAACACCCAAGAAAUCUUUCUACAUGUCCGCUGCUUCCGAGAAGGAAAAGCAGGCGUGGAUCUCCCACAUUCUGGAGUGCAGGGAGCAGCAGUUGAUCAGUUCGAGGAAGGAGCCCACCACUAGUUUUGCAGCUGCCUGGAUUCCUGACCGAGCCUCAGAUAUCUGCAUGCGCUGUGCGGACAAGUUCACCGUGGCGCAACGGAGGCACCACUGCCGGCAGUGUGGCUUUGUGGUGUGCAACUCGUGCUCUAAGUGUAGGAUUGUCAUCCCAGCCAUCUCUGCAAAACCUGUCAGAGUGUGCACUCUGUGUUUCAACACACUGCUACGUGAGAAGGCUGAGCAGGCUGGGAAGAGGAGUUCAGAUGGGUUUGACUUGGAAAUGCCUAUGUAUGAAGCGUCAAGCGAUGAGGACAGUGAAGAGGGAUAUGACAUGAUGCCAAUCCAGUGGGUGAAACCAUAGAAUAUAGACCAUCCAUAAAAGACUUGCUUUGCUUUUCUUGAAUAACAGUGGCCUCAUAAUUUCCAGACUUGAAGAGAUUGGACUCUUGUGCAGAACUUAAAGUUAUACAGACAAUUACCUCUAAUACUAUAACACUAUAAAUGACACCGACAUUACGUACACUGCAACUAACAGGAACGUGAAAUAUCAUGCCUGUUUGAUUUAAUAUUUAUAUUAAUUGUAAAGAUUCAAGAUGUACUUAUUAUGUUAAAAAGGUUACUCUAUGUGCAAUUUAAUGCACAAAAUGUUGCCAUAUUUGAGAAUUCUGCCAAUUCUUUGACUGUGAAUAUAUUUAUUUAAUGAUUUAAAAGAAUGCUAUUUGUCAUGUGGAAGGGGCUGAUAUUCUAUUAAAUGCCUGGUUUGCCAAAAAUGUUAAACUUAAUACUUCUACAAAGCAGAAGUCAGUGUUACAGGCUGCUCAAACAUUGCUGUGAAAUUGUGUUUCCUUUAUAUAUGGUAUUGGUGUGUAUUAAGGGAAUGUGUUUAUGUCUCCAGUUUAUUGUUAAAUUACAGCUGAGCCAUAUUUCAAUUUGAUGUAACUAACCAUGCAUUGAUGACACUUCUAAGGGUCACAAAUAAAAACACAGUAUUCUAAAUCA